AUGUCCUUGACCUUCACCCAGGGCUUCCUCCUGGGCCAGCUCUCCGUGGUGCUGUUUAUCGGGUGUUUUAUAAAAUUCUUCAUCUUUGGCGAAGCGCCCUCUCCGCCGCCUCACUCGUCCUCCUCUUCUUCAUCAUCCUCGCGGACCUCUCGUCGAACACAACAACAACCAACCUCCCCGAAACACGUGCGGACCACGUCCCUCCACGGCCUCGCGUCGUCCAAAUCCCCCGCGCCCCAGUCCCUGCGGACAAAGGCCAGCGCGACCAACAUCCUGCGCCCCGUGCCGACAAACGCCUCGGACAUCGCGUCGAUCCUGAGGAAGACGUACUACCAGAUGCCCAGUCGGGGUCCGGCGUCCGGGCACGCGGGGCACGGCAAGCACCAACAACACCAUAAUCAUCAUCACUCGACGCACCAGCCCGAGAGCCUGGACUGGUUCAACGUGCUGCUGGCGCAGACGAUCGCGCAGUAUCGCCAGACGGUGUACAAUCUACGGGAUGGGUCGGGCAGCUCUUCGGCCAUUCUGACAAGCUUAGAGGCGGCCAUUAACGAUCCGGAAAAGAGACCGUCCUACAUAGACAACAUCAAGAUUACCGAGAUCUCCAUGGGCGAGGAAUUUCCCAUUUUCAGCAAUGUCCGUGUCAUCGCCGUCGACGACGAUCUGUCAAGCGCCACUGGUGGCAGGCUGCAAGCUCUGAUGGAUGUCGACCUGUCCGAUGACAAUCUCACUCUGGCUAUCGAAACAGCUCUCAUUCUCAACUACCCGAAGCCCCUGUCUGCGGUUCUGCCAGUUGCCCUCUCUGUCUCGGUUGUGAGAUUUUCCGGCACUCUCUCCAUAAGUUUUGUCCCUGCUACAGAGGACGACCCUCCCGGAGGGAACAAACACGCUUCCUCGGGCAAGCCCAAAACCAAUCUCGCCUUUUCAUUCCUUCCCGACUAUCGGCUCGAUAUCUCCGUUCGAAGCCUGAUUGGAUCCCGCACUCGCUUGCAGGAUAUACCCAAGAUUGCUCAGCUGGUGGAGGCCAGAGCACAAGCCUGGUUUGAGGAGAGGGUCGUGGAGCCAAGAGUGCAGGUGGUUCCUUUACCCGGCUUGUGGCCACGGUUGGGCAAGACCAGGGUGAGGGAAGGCCAAGAUGACGAACGACCCCCUACCCAGGACGACCGUCGAUCCUUUUCAUUCGUUGACCCUCGCAAAGAAGCGAAGCCGGAUGACCACUUUCCCUCUCAAGAAGAGACGGAGAGAAUCUUCGAGGGCCUUAGAUGGCGUACUGGUCAUAAUCGUGCCGACAGUCAAGUCAUCGAACAGGAAGAUGAUACUCGAACUCCUCAGCCUCUUCGCGUCAUGCCUGGGGCUCUUCCGGCUUCGUGA